AUUUUUAAAAAAAUAUUUUUUUUUAAACAAAGCUUUUAGGAAGUGUAAUUGUCUCAGUUUGGAUCAGUCAUAUAAUUUGUAAUAGAUCUAGACCAACAACAAUAAAUCUGUGCAAUUAGAAAUAUUUUUACCAAUUGUUUUUGUUAAGCGCUUUUGUUUCACACUAUUAGCUUUCUCAAUAUGCUAUGAUUCUAUAACUUAUCUUGACCAGUUGGGUAAAUGGGGGGGGAGGGAAGAAUGGAUAUCUGGGUGAGUUUUACAAUAAUCACCCAUAAUCACUUAUUAAAAGCAUUUUAAAAAAAGGGGGGAUCGACCUGAAUUCAAAAUCAUGGCUCACAUCUCUUCAAGCCAACAUACUAAAAACUCUACUAGUGAGGUGACUAUAAAAAUAGAAGAUUUAUAGCUCUAAAUAAAGGGGACUUCUUCUUUGUUCUCAUUUUACAUGUUAGAGGAUUCAGAUCAGUAAUCCUAUAUCUGAGAUGAACCACGCAGUGGUUUCCAGAUAAUGCAGUCAAGUAAGAUUUCUUUCCCUUGUUCGAGAUACCAAGCAAAAUAAUUAAUUACCAAUAGUUAAUUAACUAAUUGGUUAACUCUUUUAUUGAUUCUUGUGUUGCAUAAAAUCUGAAUGACUGGUGUGGCAUAAAGUCUUUCUUUUCUUUGAUUUUUUUGCAACUUAUAAAAAUCUUGCUUCUAACAAAUAGGUUGUUAUGAAACUGAAGUAAUUAAAACAAUACAAUAGCUUGUUUUGUAAUAUUGUGAUCUGCAGAAAAACUUGACCAGAAAUCAUUUAAUGGUUGAUCUUUUAUUGUAUCUUUGUUUCAAAUGAGAUUCAGAAUCUAGAUCAGUUCAAAGUUCAUAGAGAAUUUAUUUUGUUAUCAAGAAGAAAUAUAAAAAAAAAAUUCUUGUAUUUACUUAGAGAUUAAUUUAGUGGUGGCCUACAAGUAAAUUAUUCCAGAAAUUCGUGGAACACAGUUUGGGAAAUACUGGGCUUUGCUAUAGGUAUAGGCAUAUAUGCUUGAUAGGGCUAUAAAUCUAUAUUAAACAUAUGAGAUACCGGUAUUUAAUAUCAAAUUAUUUUAUUAAAUGAACAAAUUCUUGACUGACUUUACACUAAACAUAAAUUCCAACAAUUAAAAAUGGAGUUUUAAAAACUAUUUGGAUCUAAUAAAUGUACAUCUCUUGUGAUAUGUUAUAACCAAAUUAAUAAAUUUUCCUUUUUUCCCCACAAUAAAUAACUUAAAAAGGUAACAUGGCCAUAGAUAGAGUUCGAGCUAUAAAUUACACAUUUCUGAACUUUGAGGCCUCACAAUUAAAACAUCUAAAACAUCAGAUAGAUCUAUAGAUUUCUGCUUUGAUUGACAAAUGUUUUAAAUAUUUUGAAGCACCUGCUAAAACAUUUUUAAGGUCUAACUGGUGUCAGGUCUUAAGAUUUAAUUUAAUAAAUUAUUAAAUUGUCUAGGUAUUAAAAGUAAUAUUAAUUGCAAUGUGUGUGUGUUAUAAUUAAUUUAUAAUUUAUUAUUACUUCUAGUCCUGAGAUCAGCCCAACAGACACACCAUACAAACCCAGUUAUACAUAAACUAAUAAAUGAUGAGAAUGAUGAUUUAAAUUAAACUAUAAAUUUAAUUCAGUGAGAUUUAUGCAAUGAAAUAACAUGGCUUAAUGAUAAUGAUAAAUGAAUACUGUACAUAUGAUAUAGUAUGAUAUGAGAAAUUACUAAAUCAUAGUCUAGUUCCAUUAACUACUGAAUUAUUAGUUCAAAUACAAUGAUAACCACCUUGCAAUAUUGUCCUCAUAAUAUUUCAUUCAAAGACAAAGAUUCUGUAAGAGGAUCAAUCACUUCAAUAAACUGUUCAAGGUAACACCAGUAUCUCCUAACCAAGACAAAUGUUCACCCACGAUGAAGAAUCAAAGUUCAGAGUAGUAAUAUCAAAACUCACAAUGUAACACCAAGUCUGGAUAUAGAAAACUGGAAUCUGGAACCUCAGACUUGAAACCUGAGAUGAAAACCCCUAAACAGGGGUCAAGAUAAUCCUUCCAGAAUAUAUACCAAGGCCAACGCUAAGGCUUUCCAAUAACGAAGACACAAGGAGAAUUCAAGAACUCAAAAGAUACAGCCUGCUUUAGUCUAGCAAUAUGGCGUGAAUUCACCAAAUGACCAAUAAGAAAAAUUUGACGUCAUAUGAAAAUUUAAGAAGACACAACAAGAGAACACUAAUAUUGCACAAGAAAAUAAAAUAGCACAAUUGAUGUCAUCACCUAUUGAUGAAAGCGGCGCUAUUAGAUAGAGAACAUUUUUACUAUGCAACUAAAUAAUUAAUUGCGACAACUGGGUUAUUUUUUUUUUAAUAUGAAUAAUAAGCUUCUUAUAUCAUAAAAGUUAAGGAAGUGAUGCUUUUUUUUUUUUUAGUUGGCUAAUAGUAUUAUAAUAAUGAUAAAGCGAUAGAUAAUAAUCUGUACAUAAUUUUUAAUUUAUAAUUUUACUAAUUUGUAACAAAAUAUGAAUAAAGUAAUUAUAUUGUAGUUAUUUGAACAUUAUCAUAUAUAUGCAUUGUGUGAUCACAUUGUCAUUUUAUUAUUUUUUAAUUUGAAAUGCUGGGAUAUUGAUUGUCAAUAUGGCAUCAAAAAAUAUUUAUUUCCAUAAGCUAAUUUUAAAAUUGCUGACAAUUUGUGGGGUUUGGGAUUUUCAUUGUCAGUAUGGCUAUACUAGGCUUAUAUCAUUGUGCUUUUUAGAUGGAUCACCUUAGUUUUAAACAUGUUUUAUGCACAAGUACUGGAGUUCAAUACCAUUGUUGAGUUGUUAUUAAUACUGAUGUGCUGAUGCAUGAUCAGGCCAAUCAGUUGACUUUCAUCAAAUUGAAUUCUGCCCCUUUAAAAUUUGAUGAUCUAAAUUUACAAAAGCUGCUUCCAUGUUUUUACAUCAAGAUAAAAGUACUGACUCUGGUGAAGAUAUCCCUCUUUCAGCUACAGUGGAUACAGAUUUGGAUCAUGCAGACGAGCAAGCAGCUGCCAUCGCAAGUGUGCAGCAGGGAGGAACCAUAACUCUGGAUCCAACUUUGCAAUAUCAAAUUAGAGCUGACAAUAAUGCUGGUCAGGUGACUUACAGAGUUGUUCAAGUAGCCCAUGAUGGAAGUGAAGCCACAUCUCAGUUGGUUGGUGGAGCUGCAGCUUAUGCAGGACAGCAGGUAGCUGUAAUACAGAGCCCAUUCAGUAAUGGAGGCAGUCCUACAGGUGAAGGCGGGGAUGCCACAAGAUUUGCUUACUUUCCUGCACAGUCAGCCACUGAUGGGACAGUGGUUUCAGCUCAAGGUGGUGAUACUAUUGCCACAGGAGCAGCUUUAGGUCAGUUCUAUGUCAUGAUGUCACCUCAGGAUGUUCUCCAAGGACAACGGCAAAUAGCUCCUCGUACUUCAUUCUCUCCUAAACUUGAAGGUGGUGGUAUCAGGACUGCCCGUGAUGAUAGAAGGAGAGCAACACAUAAUGAAGUUGAGAGAAGGCGGAGAGACAAAAUCAAUAACUGGAUAGUUCAGUUGUCUAAAUUAGUCCCUGACUGUGCUCAAGAACCCAUCAAACAAACUCAGGCAAGCAAAGGUGGCAUUUUAUCAAAGGCUUGUGAAUACAUUCAAGAGCUGCGUGCAACUAACAGCAGGUUGGCAGAAAGUUUGAAAGAUGCUGAGCGCCUCAAUGUGGACAAUGAGCUGCUCAGACAACAGUGUGAAGAACUCAAACAGGAAAAUGCCUUCUUAAGAUCUCACCUUCAGCAAAAUAGUAUUGACUUGAGCUCGGGUUCAUCAUAACUGACACCUGUUCAAAGUCUUGUUGAUUUUUUUAGAAAAGUUCCAUUGUUUCGGUAAAUGCAAAGAAAAUGUGAUUUUUAAAGAAAGGUGCAUAGUAGUGAGACACAAAAGUUGGAUGCAUAGUAGUGGGAAAGAAAAGUUGUGUGUUGUGUAAAUUAGUGCGACACAUACGAUGUGUGCAGUGUAUUGUAGUGGGACAUAAAUGUUGUGUGUGGAUGACAGUUUAAAUUUGUUUUUGAAAUAGUGUAUUGGUUAUGCUUGAGAGUGUGGCAGCUGUGAAAUAAAAGUUUCAAAACUAAUCAUUAGAUAACAUAAGUAGCAUGCUAGCUAUAAAUAUCUUAUAACAUCUAUUUGAAAUGUAAAUGAUUUCUAUACUUUUUACCUGAGGCUUUCAUUUUCUUGUGCAAAAUUGUGCAUGUGCUAAAUUAUUAGCUCCCACUAUUGUGUCAUUCAAGCAACAAGAUGAGUAUUUAUUUAUAGUAGAGUUGUGUGAUUUAUGGAUCAUUUUGUUCAUCAAUUUAAUUAGAAUUUUUCCUUUGAGAAUGGAUAGGUCUCAAUACCAAUAUCAACAAAUGCUUUGAUGGAACCAACCUGAUUGCUUAUUUAUGUUAUUGUAGAACUAUUUUAACUCUUAGGUUUUCCAUAUACUGUAACCUGUUUGUAUGGAAACUUGGACCUCUCAGGAAGGCAACUGGACACAAGCUGCUUAGACUUUAAUCAGAGCAAAAGUUCAAAUUAUCAAAAGUAGCUCAGUGUGUCAUGUCUACUUUAACCAUAUCCAGAUGUGGAAAAAAUGUGAUAUCUUGGAUAUGUCAUGGUGAUCUAUCAGACCUUAACAACUCCACAUAUUGGAGUUUUAAAUGUUUUGUGGGAUUUUUCUAAGUACCGGUAAUUGAAAUGUUGAAACAUAAGUAAAUUUGGUUAUUCAUGUCAGUUGUAAGAAAUUUAAAUUGGAGCAGCUUUAUUCAUUUUUUUUUUUGGGUUGCAAUGAAUUAAAUGAUUAAGAACUACACCCAAAAAUAAUAUUUCUUCAAUGUUAUAAGUAAAAAAAAAAAUGAACACGUUUAAAUCCCACAGCUGUCUUUUUAUGAUGAUAAAGUCUAGAAAGCUUUGUGUGUCAUUGUCACAAAACAAUAUAUGUUUAUCUGUCUAACUGCCACCCUAUGUUUUACUUACUUAUGGUAAAGCAACAACUGCUCUCACUGAUCUUGUCUACUCUAUUGUUACCUAGAUAAGUUGGAUCUUUGCUUUUGUAUUUUAAUGUUUAUAUGAAGCAUAUAAAGUGAUAGUACUAGUAAUGGGAGUAUUACUAGUUAAAAUGUUGUUGUUUUUUAAAAAAUAUAUUACAUUGCACACCAUACAAAUAAUUCCAUGAAUUACACAAAUGUGAACAUUUUGUAAGCAAAAAAAAAUUGAUCUGAUAUCCUUUUUAUUACGUACAUUUUGUGCUGUUUUCAUAUUGCAAGUUCAUUUUAUGUGGGUUUUUAUUUUAAUCUUUUACGCUAAAAAUUUCAUAUGACAUUGUUCUGGCUUGUCUUUAGAACAAGUUACAAAUUUGGUGCUCAACUCAAUUUCAUCAAACUGAUGUCAUUUGUUAUGUUAGGCUAAUCUGUAGUCUUUUUGUCCAAGCAAACUUGUGAGAAUGUCUUAUCAGGAGUCACAACAUUUUGAUUGACAAAACUUGAUAAAGAAAAGUUUCCUUGCAUCAAUGUUGUUAGAAAAGAGUUGAAUGUCACUGAUUGGUAUCAUGAUCAAAGAAAUAUUGAAAUCUAAUGCAAAUGUCAUUUGAUAACCCAUAAAAAAAAGUUUCUCUGUUAGGUUUUAGUUUGUACUAGGUUUUCCUAGAAUCUAAGGUUGUUGUUUUUGUUUCAAUGUCAUAGUAAUUUGAUCCUUGUUUUGUCACUUUAAAGUGCUUGCAUGUCUUCUGAGAAUGUCAUGCAAUAUUCUUAGGUAGCUACUUCUUAUAUUACUGUAUGUGUUCUCCUACUGUCAGUCUUUAAAAGGUUAGGUUUUGACCAAAGGCUUUAAUAUACUUAUAUGUGACUGGUUCUGGCAAAGACUACUAAAUAAGUACCAGCUUUAGUUGUGUACACAUAAAUUGUAAUGCUUUAAGAUAUGUUCAUUGUAUAGAAUAUUGUUUUGUUAACAGUUGAACCACAGAAUGACUACUAAAUGUUUAUAGUUUCUUUCAAAAUGGUGGAUUAUUUGAAAAAUUCAAAGAUUAUUUCCUAAAUCUGUUCUAUUUAUUCAAGUAUUGGUAAUAGCGUCUGUAAAAACAAUUUCCUGUAUAUUAUGAACUUAAUUGUAUUUCUUGGAUGCAUAUUAUCUUUAAAAACGCUUUAAAUUUGUGUACAGUUCAUUCAGAAAAAAAUGUCUCUACAAAAUAGGAUUCUGUUCAUACAUUAUUUAGCAUAUAACUAGAAACCUUACUUUCUGUCAUCUCAAGGACCAUCAUCAUGUAUUGUUACAUUUCAUGGUUUUUGUUCCAUUACAUAAGUUAGAACAUCUUCUUCCUAUGUUGUUGCUAAGUUUGAAAGAUUUCCUGGUUGUUGUUGGGCUCAUUGUUGUGCUGCACAAACAUGGCAGGAAAUGUUCUCUGUUUGACCUCAUCGCUGUGUUAUUGUGUGUCUUGGUUUUAUUUUACUUCUUUGUUAUUGAUAAUUUAAUGUCAUUAAUGUCAUCGUUUAAGAUGGCUUCACUUGAUAUCCUGCCACCGUAGUAUUGUAACAUGUUUGUUGUACUUUCUUGUCUUGUGUAUUUUUUUUUUUUUGUUUUUCUUACAUUGUAAACCAGACUAGUCUUAUAAUUUUGUUUUGUGGACCUAACAAGAUUGCUGGAAAAAAAAACAAGUAUCUUAUUUAACUAAUCCACUUGCAUUUGAAAUAAGUAUUAUAAUUUGUGUAAAAUUUUAAAGAGGCUUUUACAUUUAAAAAAAACAACAAAUAUUCAGUUUCAAUUCCAUGAGCCUAGUCUCUGUUUUAAUGUUCUACUUGUAUCCAAGGCUAUUGUUGAUUGUUCUCAGGUUUGUGAGAGAUUGAGUAUUUGAAAGAUAAGCCACAGAGUCUGGUGGGAAUAUUUAAGACUUGUCCAUAAAAUUAUGUAAUCUAGACAUACAAGACUGUUGUUCUAUCACCACAUAAUGUUACUAAUCUCACAGCUAAAACUAACCAUUUCAGGACUCAGACAUGUGUAUCUUUGGUCAAGUCUUUUUUAACCUAAUUAAAUGUAUUAGUGCCACGUUUGCAAGGGGAGAGAACCAGGUUGAACUGUUGUGUCCUGUAAGUCAAAGAACAGCUACUCUCUUUCCUGUGGUGUAUGUGUAAAUAGUUAUGAGUAUAGAUAUGUACAUACAAAUUGUUUUAUCCACUAUUAAAAUACUUCUAUUUAAUGGUG